UUUUUGAUACUAUCUUUGGUGACUACCGCUGACUUACUUUCGUUACUGUUCAUAAAACUAUGCGCUAUAUUUCAGUUUCAUUUUGAACCUCUAUUUUAUAAUGGCGUUGAAACUGGUUUAUCUGCUGGUUCUUCUUCAUUUGUCAAGCAUUUAUGCCCAGGAAGAUGUGUGCAAUUUUCGAUCAAAUGGCAUUGUGCCUGAUAAAGUAUAUUCUAUGCCUGAAAGUGUCAUGAAAGUUGAAUAUAACGGUGUGCCUGUCACUUGCGGUAACUUGUUAAGUCGCAGCCAGACAAAGGAUCCUCCUACCGUUGUCAAGUACAAAUCUGAUCCAAACAAGCUGUACACCUUGGCCAUGAUCGAUCCUGAUGUUUUUACUCCGCAAAACCCAACUGCCGCCCAUUAUCGCCAUUGGCUCAUCGAAAAUAUUCCAGGAGACAGAGUAGAAAGCGGAGAUGUGGUCUCGCCUUACUAUCCAACAGCCCCACCUUCUUACUCAGAUGCUCAUAGAUAUAUAUUCCUUGCUUACGAACAACCAAAUGGUCAAAGACUGAAUGACAGUAUGCCCAAUGAAAGCGAAAAACGAAUGAACUUUGAUCCCAUGCAGUUCAUUAAGGAUCGAAACCUUCAAGGUCCAAUGGCAGGGAAUUUCUUUUAUUGCCAUCAUUAAAUACAUUAAAACCAAUAUUUUAAAAUACUUUAAAGUAUUCAAACAAUAUUGCUAACAAUCAAACAAUCACUAACACUUAAUUUUAAAUAAAUGUUUUGGUAUCAGAAAAACAUUUAUGUUUUUGUGAUAUUUUAUAUAUUAAAAACAGUAAUUCAGAAAUAAAUUUUGUGUUUUCUUAUUAUUAUCUAUAAUUUCAAUACUUUUCAAAAAUAUCUGUGCAUGCACUUUGAUGAACAUGAAUCACCCAGCGAUAGUGGUCUCUCUAAAAUUUUCUCGCAUACUCUCUAAUAAAUUUGUCAUGCCAGAGAACGCCUUAUAUGGCACUGGCGUACAAUAGUUACAAAAUAAUAACUUUUGGCGUGCAUUUAGUAUCUUUAUCUUCCAAAAAUCGAAUUUGUGUUUCAGACACGUUUUCCUCAACAGAUUGAAACAAAAAUCUGACACAAAAUUGUACUUUUAGUCACAAAUUCUUAUACCAUAUUUGAUAUAUUUAAAUCAUUGCGUUUUUGAAUCGCUUUUACAUGUUUUUGAAAAUACAGACCGACAGACUGUCUAUUCUAAUUGAAUUUGGCUCAAAAUUUGAUAGGUGUCUACAUUAAAGAUGUCAAAUCUGUAUACCAAAUCUUGUCUAUCUAGCCUUCUUCAUUUUGUAAUUAUUCUGUUAACUUAUAUUCGAACAAUUGGACUUCCACUGAACAGAUUUUACUCAAAAUCUGACAGAAAUCUGAAAAUUUGGUGUAAAGAUCUUAUACUAAAUUUCAAUCGAAUAGCUCAAAUCGAUUUUGGGUUAUCUUUGGCAGUGACAGAUAUUUCCCUUUUUUUUUUUUUUUUUUUAACUUAGGGGGGUAGAGAUUCGUCAAAAUCCCGAGUUUGAAUUUUUUGGCGAUUACUAUACUUUCUCUAUACUACGUAUACGAGAAAGUAAAAAAGGAAGAAUAUAUGUCUUAAAAUAUGUUAAAGGAAGAAUAUAUGUCUGCAUUCAGUAGAUUAAAUUACAAUCAUAUGCGUUUAAUUAUAUAAGAUAACCCAUGUAUGAAUUUCAAACAUUUGAAAACUAUCUGUAUUUUGUCUGGUGAAGUACUACAAAAUUUAAUAUUUUUAGGAUUAUUUUUUCUUAUAAUUCUGCUGACAGAAGCAAUAAUAAAAAAUAUGAUACCACCGUACUAAGAAAUUUAUUUUCUAAAAGUUUUACUUAUUUUACAUUUAGCAUUCGGAUUAAUUGUUACUUUUUCUAUAAUACUAGUACAUGUACUUUUUUAAGAAUUAGCUGCUAUAAAUUUUGAUAUGAAAUGACGUGCAGUUAUAUUUUUUUCACCGCUAUGAUACUACGUAAACUGACUCAGUCAUUUACAGAGCAAAAGAACAUUAAAUACUUUUUAUGACUCUCAAAUAUCAUAAGCGCAGCAGACUUGUUUUUAUGUUUAGUAUUUCGAUCGUGUCUUUUAUAACGACUGAAUUGAAAUUUCAUGUGAGUGCAUUUUUUUUAUCUAAUAAAGGAGUUGUACUUUAACAUUUAAUUUAACGGUUGUUGGAUCACACGGUUGUUUUAAAUAUGUUUUUAAAGUACUUGUCGGUUGUAACAGCGACCAAAAAGCGCCAAGAAAAUAUUACGCCAAUUUGGCGAUCUUAAUCGUCAAAUGUCAUGUGCAAUAAUCGUAAAUCGUCAAGUGAAUUUAUGCACUUGACAAUAUUCUUAUAAUUUGGCGAAAUUUUUUCUUGGCGCUUUUUGGUCGUCGUUCAAACUGGCAUCGUUUUAAAAAACGAAGGGGAAAAAACAACACUACAAUUGCUCUAGAAACAGAAUUUUCUUCAUAUUAGCUGUUUUAUUACAAUUUCAUGAGUAUUGAAUCCUUCUACUUUUAAUUGAAAAAAAUGAAAUUGAAACAUAGAACUUCGAAUCUUUUUUUCUAAAUUUAAAUCGUCUGCAAGAAAUAAUCAUCAAAGAUAACAAGAUAAAAGUUUAAACAAAUGCAGAACUCUAUUCUUAAAAUUUUUAACAGCCAAAUAGACGAUGAAAAUAAAAACUGCGAACCAUUUUUUUCUUUAAAUGACGCUGAAUAUAUUUUACAUUUUCACAGAACUAUAUUGACCAUUUCUGUUAAACAGAAGUUGAAUGGCAGGCAAACAAGCUUAAGGCUCACAUUUGGGAAUUGGCAUAUUACAUUCCACUCAUUAUUUUACAGACUUAGAUAUCCUCGAAUUCGGAGUAGUCUGUCAUUUGAUUAAGAUUACGUGAAAUCGGAGAAACAGCCCCCCUUCAAAAAUUUUUGAGUCCACUCCUCUGGUCCUCCACCGAACGACUUAAUAGAAAAAGCAAAAUUGUAUAGACUUUACAUAGAAUUUUGAAUUGGAACAAGUAUUGAAAUAUUUGUUUAUAUUUUCUAAUAUUAUAUAAAUUUUUAACAAUAAUUUUGAUAUUUAAGCAAAUAAAAUUACAUUCCUUAAAACUGAUUUUAGGAAUAUAUAUUUAAAUAGUGUUAUAAAAUUAAUCUAUAAAGAAAUAUAAAUAAAUUAAAAUGAAAAGUAAAAAUUUUGCAUACAUAAUUACAUUUUAAAACAUACUAUUUUAUAUAUAUAAUUUUAAUAGAAAAAAGGAAAAUGCUAUUAAUAAUUGCAAUAUAUAGAAUAACUCUGAUUUUAUCUCUUAGCUGGUGUGGAGAGGGGGGUGCCAGCUCAGGUGUCGUCCCCGUCAUCUGACCGCGAUUCAAAAUUACGAAGUCCGUCCCAAAAUAGCCCUAGUGUUGCUUCAAACGGGACGUUAAUAUAACCAAACCAAACCAAACCAUUUAUCUAUUAGAGAUUGUUAGAAAGAAUGUAAUUUUUAAAAAGGUUUAUUGAUUCUUUUCUGAAGAGAUAAAAUCUAGAAAUCUUUGUAUGAAGUUGAUUUCUUUGUGUUAAUACAGCCUCUGAGAGUAAUUUAUUUAGAGAAGGAUGUCAGGAUGUCUGCUGACUAUUAAGAGACCUUUCCAAACAUGCAUAUUCAGUUUUCCUUAUAUGAGAGAAAAAAUAUAUUUAUUUUUGCUCGAUGUAUAAACAAUUUCGUCGUUUCAUUUACAUUAUCGGCAUAUUCACUGCCUUUUUAUAUUUAAUUUAAUCCAACUGCUCAUAUGGUUACGUAAUCUCCGAGGAAAAAAAAGAUUUUAAACUAGGUGGAUAAACAUCAAUGCACCAUAUCUUUCAAGUGCUCUUCCGUGUAAGAACAUCCACAUAAUCUCCAGAAAUAUAUGUAGUGAAAAUCGACUAUAGAAUAAGCGUCCUAAGACAUCGAUAUGAAAAAAAAAAUAUGGAAAAAGUCGCCGCAACCAAUUGUUGCAGUAUUAUAACCUGCAAUGUUAAGAACUUACAAUGUCAUAUAACAAUACCACUUUUAGCAAUUAAUGGUGUAAAGAAUUUGACCCGAAGAUUGCCAGAAGAUAGAUGUCAGCACUGUAUUGGCGUAGAUCAAAAAUAUGAUGAAUCACACCUGUAGUACGUUUGGCAGACGGAGACUUUUUCGGCAAGAGUCAGCGUGGUGUUGGGCUGUGUGAUGUUGUGUUGUGUUAUGUGGUGUUGAAAGCAAAAGGUAUUGAUGCCUGGUAUUGGUGUUCUAUCUUGUGGAUUAAGAUAAUGGUAGUGGGAAUGGAUUUACAAAUAUUGUAAUGUAUGAAUUUCUUAUUGUUUAUAUGUUGUGAAUGAUUUUUAUGUUAUGCGUUUUAUGUUGUGUGUUUGUCCGACUGUGAUGCUAUAAAUAAACAAAUUUAAAAGACAAAUUUGGCCUCUUCACUCGGCUGUAUUUUCAUGACAUCACAAUGGUUCUGACUUUUCUUAGAAAUUACGUAUUUCAGUGUUCUUGAACUACAAGGAAGUUCUCGGAACGAUACUGGCUUCAAAAAAACUUUUCGACCAGAGGAAACAAAUACCUGCCAGCCAUUAAUUGAUAAUACUACUGUAAUGAUGCGGCUCUUCAGCCAAUUUAUCAUUCAAAACAAGAAGAGAAAUCAUGUUUAAAUUUCGCUAAUGUUGUUAAAAUAUUUCAAAAAUUACUCACGCGUGCUCACUAGUCAAUCUCCUCAUUUUCUGGUUGAAAUGCAAGUAAUUUUUUAUCUUACGCGCAAUGCAACUGCGUAAUAAAACGCCGAUGAGGACCUGAAUUUACAUUUUGCCACUGAAAUCCAUGCAAAAUGUUACUUGCGUUUUGGAUAAUUUUCACUUUUGACUUCUGAGUUCCCACUAAAUAUAUAAGAAAAAAUUUUAUAUGCAUUCAAUGGUAUGAUUAACUUCUGUACACUUUUGCAAAUAAAAUUAAAGGUAUGAUGAAACUAGAAAUCCUGUUAGAGUUUAAUCACCCCAAUAUACAGCAUUCUGGCUUCUUUUGUCUUCUUAGAAUUAAUUCAAAUGAAAUAACAUGGAAAAGGUUUCACUAUAUAAUUCAAAGUUGUUCAUUCUUUUUACAUAUAUUCCUGUUUUUUGCAUUUUUAUUCUUGUAUUUUUACUAAUUUGAUUUCAUUUUAUUGUUCUAAAUGAAUUCAACUUUGUCCUUUCCCUAUUUCUGAUCACUAAGUAUGAUAUAAAAGUCUGUGUUUUUUAACGAAUGACUUGUGUUGUUGAGAUAAACUAUAUGAAAAACUGAUUUUCAACUGUUUUCCUCUUUGUUAAGCAACUUCAACCUUUUAUUUCUUUUAUAUUUUUUAAAUCAAAUUUUAAUCCUUGAAACCAAUCCUUUACUCGAUGAAUUCACUGCACGAAUAAUCUGAAGCUGAAGCACAAUGAUUAUGUUAACAUAAUAUGUACUUAUAAUGUAUGUGUAUCACUGAGUAUCAAGUAUAUCUCCAUUGUAAAUCAGGAAAGUGUGCGAAUAUAUUAAACAGAAUAUCCUUUUUCAUGGUGAA